GAUCAAACUCUGAUCAAACCAUUAAAUUGCAAACUUCUUACUUGACCGGCUCAAUUACUUAAACCGAUUUGACAACCUUGGAUACAAGGCAUAAUGCUUUUCACCCAAAUCGUCGUCGCCAUCCCCUAAUUCCGCCUCAAAUUCAUCGCUUCCGCAGGGCAUUAACAGACAAACACUAGUUGGCUUAGUAGCAACCUCCACGUUCAACCCUCUGGUGGGCAACCUCCACGUGUCGCCCCAUUCAUACAUGCAAAAAUGGGAAAGAUCCAAGCCAAGCAGCAUCCCAGAACUCAAUAACCAAUUUCCCAAAUCCCCCAUUCCAUUCACAUCUGUGAAAAAGGCUGAGAUUGAGAACAUACGAAGGCCGCAUCCUUAUUCCUUCAUCCCUUUUGGCGGCGUCUUUGGUUGGGCCCUACAUUCCCUGGCGCGGCUUUCUCUCUAUAUAAACAAGACAACCCAGAUGCUCUCUUCCUCAAUUCGCACCCUCUCCCGUCAAAAUCCCAUCUUUGCUUCCUCUCCAGCUGCUUCUCUUAUACGCGCUCCUAGUCAGUCGUUUCCUUCUUCGUUGGGUUUGUCGCCGAUCGCUUCCCGUUCUCCGCAUCACCCGUCGCGGUCUUUGAACUCUCCGCCGCUGUCGCUUUCCUCUUUGUCUCCUAAUUCUCUGAGGUUCGAUCGCGCUAUGGCCAGCAACUCCGACUCUCCCCAGUCCAUCUACGACUUCACUGUCAAGGAUGCUAGGGGGAAGGAUGUUGAUCUCAGUAUCUACAAGGGGAAGGUUCUUAUGAUUGUUAAUGUCGCUUCUCAGUGCGGCUUGACCAAUUCCAACUACACCGAGCUCACUCAGCUGUACCAGAAGUACAAGGAUCAAGGUUUGGAGAUCUUGGCUUUCCCUUGCAACCAGUUUGGAUCUCAGGAACCUGGAAACAAUGAACAAAUCGUGGAGUUUGCUUGUACACGUUUCAAGGCUGAGUACCCCAUUUUCGACAAGGUUGAGGUGAAUGGUAAAGAAGCUGCUCCGAUCUACAAGUUCCUGAAGUCAAGCAAAGGUGGACUGUUUGGGGAUGGUAUCAAGUGGAACUUCACCAAGUUCCUUGUUAACAAAGAGGGCAAGGUUGUGGAGCGCUAUGCUCCCACUACUUCCCCUCUCAGCAUUGAGAAAGAUGUGAAGAAACUCCUUGGGAUUGCUUAGGGGAUUCGAACUAGAGUGUACACUCUGUCUAUCAGACCAUUGGACGGGUUUAUGGUUAAAUAAGGAAGAAACUAGCUUCAAUAAUGCACAGCUGCUUUUGUAAAGCAUUGUAAUACUAGACAUCUGAGUUGCUUGUAUGUUGUUGCAUGUCUGGAAAGAGUGUAAUAAUACAGUUACAGUUAUCACCUCCCCUUCGUUCCAUCAUUUGCCACCUUUCUACGCAAUUUAGCUGGUAUGGAUGGCUUAUCAGAAUAGUAACCUGGGUUCUGGAAACGUUUCCUUCCUUGCCAAGAAGAAAGUCACAGAUAAUUACACAGGAGAAUUCAUGUUGUUGCAACACUGUAUGAUUUCACUGUUAAGGUUGGUCUCUCUGGUUUCGUCGUAUAUUUGACCAACGAAUCCAACCUCUCUCUCUCUCUCUCUCUCUCUCUCUCUCUCUCUCUCUCUCUCUCUCUCGUUCGUUCGUUUUAAGAAUCCGAAAGGGUGACUACUUGGAUUCCUUCGCACCAGGUUGCUUCCACGGGUUUUACUUCUGUUCGUUCUUCCAUGAUUCACUGAUAUCUGGUGAUCACUGUAUUGACUGAAACUUGACUGGAAUUAUGGUAACUUCUGAACUGUGGAAUAUCAUGAAACGUUGGGCAUUGGUAUUGGCUAUGGUAAGCAAACUCAUCAAGUUUCAGUCUUGAUGUUCUACUGGUUUUGCUUGGUAAAAUGGUGCUUUCGGCGUCAGCCAAACGACUUUAGGGCAUCUGCUUCUAGAAGUAAUUGUCAAUGUUGUUGACUGAUGCAGGACGCCAAGGGAAAUGAUGUAAACCUCUGUAUCUACAGGAGGAAACUUUCUUGUGAAAUUUGGCAAUGUUGAAUGUUGGUGUCAAAUUCUCUUCUUGCAGUGGGAUGACCAACUCGAACUACACAGAGCUGAAUGAUCUGUACCAAAAGUACAAAGAUCAAGUUUAAACAACUUCAUUGUUUCUAUGAGAACCUGGAUGAAUCUCCACUUAAUAUUAACACAUGGCUAUUCCUUUUGGGAGGGAUGUACAGGCCUGGAGGUACUGGCAUUCCCUUGCAACCAGUUUGGUGAUGAAGAGCCAGGAAACAAUGACGAGAUUCGAUUCAAAUCACUGAUCCCCAUCUUUGACAAUGUAGCAUACAUGCAUUAUAGUUUCUAAAGGGGUGGAAGGAAGUUGCUUUUCUUUUUUACUGAUUUGGUGGGGUUGUCAUGAUGAUCAGAUUCAGAUAGAGGUGAAUGGUGAGAAUGCAUGACCACUGUUACAAGUUCUUGAAGACGGGGAAAGGGGGAAUCUUUGGUAACGACAUCCAACAGAACUUUGGCAAGUUUCUGGUCAACAAACAUGGUCAAGUAGUUGAUCGUUACUACCCAACUACUUCUCCCCUGAGCAUUGAAGUAAGCAACACUUCCUAGUAAAUGUAUAGUAGGAUUCCCCGUCGUUAUGGUUUUCAUGGGAUUCUCAUGCUUGGGACAUCAAUUAUUGUUUGACAGUACGACAUAAAGAAGCUGCUGGGAGCCUCAUGAGAGAAUUCUGCUACUGAUGAAUAAGCUCUUAUCAUCAAC